UUUCUUGCAAAAACUGAUUGUUGAAACUUGAAACUUGAAAGCGGAGAGGGAAGAGGAACGAGAGAAGGAAGAACAGCAAACACAGUUAUUCGACAUGACGACAGCAGCUAGACCUACAUGGGCACCUGCUAAGGGUGGCAGUGAGCAAGGAGGGACUCGGAUUUUCGGCCCCUCUCAGAAAUACUCAUCAAGAGAUAUUGCAUCUCAUACAACCUUGAAGCCAAGAAAGGAAGGACAGGAAACGCAGGAUGAAUUGCAGAAGAGAAACCUCAGAGAGGAACUUGAACAGCGUGAAUCAAGGCACUUCUCUUCAAAGGAAAAGGGCUACAAUGAGGACAGGGAUCGCCGAAAGAGUAGUCAUCAUUUUUUAGAAGGUUCUAAAAGAGACGGUGAAGAUCAAAUUGUUCCACGCAGUGCGGAUGCUGAUGAUGCAGAUGUGGAUCCCAAAAGUGAUGAUGAAAGUGAUGAAGAUGAGGAUGAGGAUGACAUGGAAGCUCUCUUGGCUGAGCUUGGUCAGAUAAAAAAAGAAAGGGCAGAUGAAAAAAUGAGAAAAGAACGACAACAACUAGAAGAAGAUCUCAAAGCAAAGGAAGCAGAACUCUUAAGAGGAAAUCCUCUCAUAAACCAGCCAACAUCCUUUAAUGUGAAGAGAAGGUGGGACGAUGACGUGGUCUUCAAGAACCAGACUAGGGGAGAAACAAAAGCACCGAAGCGCUUUAUAAAUGACACCAUUCGGAAUGACUUCCAUCGCAAGUUUCUCCACAAAUAUAUGAAGUGAUAUCAUGGAUGCCAUGCUGCAGUGUUGUUUUCCCACUACCAGAGGGCCCCAUCAGAGCAAGAAUUUCCCCAGGUCCUAUGCUUCCCGUGAUGCCUUUCAGUAUCUGCUUAUAGUUGUUUGGCGCAAUGUUAAGCUGAGAAGCCACAUUUGACACCACUGCCUUAACGGGAUUUGUGGAGGACUCUUGUCUGACCUUCACCUUGUACUCUACAUCUACAAACUACAAGGAGCUAUCCACAUUAGUAUGAUAUUUUCCAAAGCAGUGGAGUUAGGUGGUUCCUAUUUCAUAUCAUUAUGUCAAUGUGAGAUUUGAGUUGCAUUAAAUGAAAACUUCUCGUGUCAAUGUGAGAUGGAUGUACACUAUGGCUAUGGUGCACCGAAGGCCUGUGCGUAGUUUUAUUUCUCUUAAAUUUUUAAUGUAUACGUAGUAUUUUUUUUCGUUUUUUCUUUAUUUAGGCUACUUUAUUAUUUUUCCAUGUGAAAAUGGGAAUGUUGCAACUAAAAGAGAAUGGAUGAAGUAUUUAUCUAUUUAGUCUAGUCAUAUUCAGAUUCUUGGAUCCGCCCCUGCUGGUAAUGUAUACUUCAUUAGGACAACUAACAUAUUUUAGAGUCUAGGCAAGACAUUAUUUACCUUGAGAUAUAUUGGAAGGGGAUGAUUAGUAUUUGAAUGUGAUACAUCAUCAACUAUGUCGAUUUCUGAGCUUCUGCUUGUGAGGUAGGCUUGAGGCAUGAAGUCUAUGUUAUGACCAAAGCCAUUGCUGCCUCCAAUUUGCAUGGACCCCAUGGUGGGAGGGGACAAAGCCAAAUCUUCAUGAAUUUCAUCAUGUCUUCCAUGCUCCAUUCUCUAUUUGAUAAUCUUUCUUAAAUGACUUUCAAGAAAUUACUUGUUCUCUAUUUGAUAAUCUUUCUUAAAUGACUUUCAAGAAAUUACUUGUUCUCUAUUUGAUAAUAUUU